AGCAGACAGUCAGCGUCGCCCUCAAACCCCCGCCCCGACUUUCCUUUCCAAUUUUCUCCGUUCUCCUCAAAAUUGUUUCCGCUGCUUCUAUUCUCCCCGUUGUUGUUGCGGCUUCCGCCCUUGGCCUUCCGCUCUUUUUCCUUCUCCUUCUCCAAGAAACCGAGACGGUGACGGACAGAUCAAGGCGCCGCCGCCUCGGCUUCCUCUCCGCCCGACUCUAUAACACUUCGCCUCCAGCCACCAGUUUCUCGAUCGCUUCGCUUGCUCACUCUCUGCCUGUGCCUGCAUCAUAGGUCGAGCACAGGGCUGUGCAUGCUGACCAAUACAGACAAUGGCUAUAGCAUCGCCAGUGGACUAUGCUGGCCCAAUCACUUCAGGCCAGAGGCGCCUCAGUUGUUUCCCAGUGCACAGCUGCAAUCACUUACGUUGUAAUGCAUAUGAAAAGAAAUCGAGAACGUCAGAUCAGUUGGUCAUCAGAGCCAUAUCUGUGGAUCGCCCACAACUGGACUUCUCGAUUCCGGAUUGGAAGAAUCUAUUCCAAGAGGAUUUUGAUAGGCGGUUCAGUUUGCCACACUUGACCGAUGUAAUUCAUUUGGAGCCGAGGCCAACGACAUUUUCCCUCAAGAGCAGCAGGACUCCUCUGGAGAAUGGGAGCGGUCCUUUUGAUGAAUCAUGGAACGGCUAUGUUAAUGAUGAUGACAGAGCACUUUUGAAGGUCAUUAAGUUUGCCUCGCCAACGUCUGCUGGAGCUGACUGCAUUGACCCUGAUUGCAGCUGGGUUGAACAAUGGGUGCACCGUGCUGGCCCGCGCAAACAGAUAUAUUUUGAGCCUCAGAGUGUAAAGGCUGGAAUUGUUACCUGUGGUGGACUUUGCCCUGGUCUCAAUGAUGUUAUCCGGCAGAUUGUGCUUACACUUGAAAAAUAUGGAGUGAAGAACAUUGUUGGGAUACAGCAUGGUUUCCGUGGAUUUUUUGAAGAUCAUUUAUCAGAAGUCCCCCUUAAUAGACAUGUCGUCCAAAAUAUCAAUCUUUCUGGUGGCAGCUUCUUAGGAGUUUCUCGUGGUGGGGCAAGUGUUUCAGACAUUGUCGACAGCAUCCAGGCCAGGAGGCUUGACAUGCUCUUUGUACUUGGUGGAAAUGGAACUCAUGCUGGAGCUAAUGCUAUACAUGAGGAGUGCCGCAAGAGAAAACUCAAAGUGUCGAUUGUGGGCGUCCCAAAAACAAUUGAUAAUGACAUACUGCUGAUGGACAAGACAUUCGGAUUUGAUACUGCAGUGGAAGCAGCACAAAGAGCUAUCAACUCUGCGUAUAUUGAGGCACAUUCUGCUUUUCAUGGUAUUGGGUUGGUCAAGCUGAUGGGAAGAAGCAGUGGCUUCAUCACAAUGCAUGCUUCCCUAUCAAGUGGACAAGUUGAUAUCUGCCUGAUACCUGAGGUACCGUUCACUCUUGAUGGUCCCAACGGAGUUCUUCGACAUCUUGAGCACUUGAUUGACACCAAGGGGUUUGCUCUGAUUUGUAUUGCCGAAGGAGCUGGGCAGGAAUAUCUGCAAAAGUCGAACGCAACUGAUGCUUCAGGGAACAUGGUUCUUAGUGAUAUCGGCGCGCACCUUCAACAGAAGAUCAAGUCUCAUUUCAAUGAAAUAGGCGUCCACUCUGAUGUGAAGUACAUUGAUCCUACGUACAUGCUUCGUGCGGUGCGUGCCAACGCAUCUGAUGCCAUCCUGUGCACGGUGCUCGGUCAGAAUGCUGUUCAUGGCGCCUUUGCAGGGUUCAGCGGCAUCACGACUGGAGUAUGCAACACACAUAACGUCUACUUGCCAAUACCAGAAGUGAUCAAGUCUACAAGGUUUGUCGAUCCAAACAGCCGGAUGUGGCACCGUUGCUUGACAUCCACGGGCCAGCCAGACUUCCACUGACCAAUCCUCUGGCAAAUCUUUAGCGUCUGAUGCUAAAAGUACAGGUGUAUAGCUAUACUAUAGUGCUGCCGAUGUCCAUAUCUGUUUUUUGAUGAAGAAAACACAAUAUGUCCCGGAUCAUUGAGGUGCGGGAUUGCUGCAAUAAGCAUCUCGCUAACCAAUAUUCCUUCAGUAGAUUAGUUAUAUAUAUUCUCUUCUCAAUUCAUUUUGAGUUUCAACUUUGACUAUCAAUUUAGCCAAUAAAAUGUGGGUUAUGUUCCACAAAACUUGUAUCGUCUAAUUUGCAUUUUAAAGAAGUUUCCAAUAAUAUACCGUAAGUUUUCUGACAACUAUUUGUAUAUUAAUCAUUUAUGUAAUGGUAAAAGUUAAGUCAUGAAA